AUGGGGCAAGCUGACCCGACCCUCGCCAAAGAUGGAGCCGACGCCAAAGCGGUGAUCCAGGAUGCGGUCGUCGAUGUCAGCAUCCUGGAUGUCAUGGCCAACAAUCUCGGCCUUGUUGCUGCGUUUGUUGCCGCCAUGUAUAUCGUCGCGGGCGUCUGUGCCGUUCGGGAAAUCAUGAAUUCCCGGACCUCGCAGGGUUCGGUUGCCUGGUUGCUGUCGCUGUUCUUCCUGCCUUAUCUCACCGUUCCGCUUUAUUUCGUGUUCGGCUGGAAGUCAUUUGCCGACUAUGCCCGGAUACAAACACUGCUCGGCCGGGCAGAACGGGCGAGACGCGCUGACGAACUCGGGUUGACCGAUCACGAAGAAACACGCGACUGGCCGGUCCUCACAAGAGUUGCCGGCGUGCCGUUUCUGGCCGGCAAUACUGCUGAUCUUCUGAUUGAUGGCGAUGCGACGUUCACUGCGAUCAAGGAUGCGAUUGCACGCGCCGAACAAGUCAUAUUUUUCCAGUUUUUCGCGAUUGAAGACGAUGGCCUCGGGCGCGAAAUGGCCGAUGCACUGAUCGCAAGGGCGCAAGACGGACUGAAGGUCUAUCUUCUUUACGACGACGUGGGAAGCCACGCCCUUUCAAGAGACUUUCUCUCCAAGCUCAAGAAUGCAGGCGUCGAAGUGUGCGGCUUCAACGAGAAUCACAAGUUUCUGCGUCUCUUUGGGCCGAUGCGUCUGAAUUACAGGAACCAUCGGAAACUGGUCGUAACCGAUUUCCGUGAAGCCUUCGUCGGCGGACACAAUGUUGCCGAUCAAUAUGUGGGACGCAACAAAUGGUUCGGUCACUGGCGCGACACUCACGUCAAGGUGGAGGGCCCGGCAGCCGUUGCGUGUGCGCUUUCCUUUGUCGAGGACUGGCUUUGGGCAAGCGGCGAGCGGAUCGAGCUGCCGCAGGUCCGGGAUAUUCCCAUGCCGGGAGACGAGGCCGUUCUGGUCAUGCCGACCGGGCCAGCAGACAAACUGGAAGAAUGUGCCCUGGCCUUUGUUGAGGCAGCCGCCAGAGCCAAGGAACGCCUUUGGAUCACGACACCCUACCUCGUGCCGUCUCUGGACGUACAGACAGCACUGGCGGCGGCCGCGAUGCGCGGUGUCGAUGUGCGUAUCUUGCUCCCGGAAAAACGGGACCACUGGACCGUCUGGCUGGCGAGCCACGCCUAUGAGGACACGCUCGUACAGCGAGGGGUAAAGGUCUACCGCUACACGGAUGGAUUUCUGCAUCAGAAAGUUACGCUGAUGGACAAUGAUCUUGUAUCGAUCGGGACAGUGAAUUUCGACAACAGAUCAUUUCAGAUCAAUUUCGAACUCACGCUGUGGUUUACGCACGAACGUAUGAUCGGGAACGUUGAAACGAUGCUCGAGACCGAUUUCCAAAGUUCGAAACUGACCUGGCCCGACGCUUUCCGCUCAAGAAGCUACGCUUUUCGCGUCUUUGCCCAGGGUGCGCGCCUGCUGUCACCGAUCCUUUAA